GAGAUUCGCGAAGAACAGCAGUUAAGCCCACCACCACCACUUCCUCCACUCCCACUUCUCCGCUCUCACGCCACACCAAUGCCAUGAGUCCCCUGCUCCCCCUCCUCCUCCUGGGCCUCCUCCUCGCCGCCGCCUCUGCCGCGCCCCUUCCCGCCGACUUCACCCGCCUCCUCGCCGCCAAGGCCACCCUCUCCGACCCCUCCUCCGCGCUCGCGGCAUGGGACCCGUCCCUCUCCCCAUCCCUCUCCCCGUGCCGCUGGCCGCACGUCCUCUGCCGGUCCUCCGCUGACCCAGCCAUCGCCUCGCUCCUCCUCUCCAACCUCUCCCUCGCCGGGGAGUUCCCGGCCCAGCUCUGCUCGCUGGCGUUCCUCCUGCGCCUCGACCUCUCCUACAACUCGCUCGCCGGCCCCCUCCCUCCCUGCCUCGCCGCGCUGCCGAACUUGAGGCACCUCGACCUCGCCGGGAACGCCUUCUCCGGAGAGGUGCCCAGCAGCUACGGCGCGGGGUUCGCCUCGCUCGCCACGCUCAGCCUCGCCGGCAACGACCUCUCCGGCGGGUUCCCGGCGUUCUUGGCGAAUGUCAGCUCCCUCCAGGAGCUCCUGCUCGCGUACAACCCCUUCGCGCCCUCGCCUGUGCCGGACGUUUUCCCCAGCGGGCUCCCGCGCCUCCGCGUCCUGUGGCUCGCCGGGUGCUGCCUCGUCGGGCGGAUACCGUCUUCCAUCGGCGGCUUGAGGAGCCUCGUCAACCUCGACCUCUCCACCAACAACCUCACCGGCGAGAUCCCGGAGAGCAUCGGGCGCUUGGAGAACCUCGUCCAGAUCGAGCUCUACAAGAAUAACCUCUCCGGGAGGCUGCCGGGGGGACUGGGCGGGCUCAAGAAGCUGAGGUUCUUGGACGCCGCCAUGAACAGGCUGUCCGGCGAGAUACCGGCGGACCUGUUCCUCGCGCCGAGGCUGGAGAGCUUGCACCUGUACGAGAACGAGCUGUCAGGCCCCGUGCCGUCGACGCUGGAUAAGGCGCCUGCGUUGAACGACCUGAGGCUGUUCAGUAACCGCCUCGUCGGGGAGUUGCCGCCGGAGUUCGGGAAGAACUGCCCGCUCAAGUUCCUCGACCUGUCAGACAACCGGAUUUCCGGCUGCAUUCCGGCGACUCUCUGCAGCGCGGGGAAGCUGGAGCAGCUUCUGAUUCUGAACAACGAGCUCGCGGGCUCGAUUCCGACGGAGCUGGGGAAAUGCCGGACGUUGACGCGUGUGCGGCUGCCCAACAAUCGGCUGUCUGGAGCCGUGCCGCCGGACAUGUGGGGCCUGCCACGCCUGUACCUGCUGGAGCUCGCCGGCAACGCUCUGUCCGGCACCGUGGGGCCAACCAUUGCCUUGGCGAAGAACCUGUCGCAGCUGCUGAUAUUGGACAACCACUUCGCCGGCGUGCUGCCGGCGCAUAUAGGCAGCCUGACAAGGCUGGUCGAGCUGUCGGCCGCCAACAACGGGUUCUCCGGUCCUCUGCCGGCGACACUCGCUGAUGUGUCCACGCUCGCCCGGCUUGAUUUACGGAACAAUUCCUUCUCCGGCGAGCUGCCACAUGGUGUUCGACGGUGGCAGAAGCUUACACAGCUCGACCUUGCACAUAACCGUCUCACCGGGACCAUCCCACCGGAGCUCGGGGAGCUCCCUGUGCUGAAUUCGCUUGACCUGUCCAACAACGAGUUCACCGGCGGCGUGCCUUUGCAAUUGGAGAGCCUUAAACUGAGCAUGUUCAACCUGUCCAACAACCGGCUCGCCGGCAAUUUGCCUCCUCUGUUCUCCGGCGACAUCUAUAAUGACAGCUUCUUGGGCAACCCGGCCCUCUGUCGAGGCGCAUGCUUCGGUGCGCGGAGAGCAGCCGCCCGCCGCCACAGCCUCGUCGGGAGCGUCGAGUCCGUGCUCACCAUUGCCGUCGCCAUACUCAUCCUUGGCGUCGCGUGGUUCUGGCACAAGUACCGGAGCCAGAGCCAGCACAGGAAGCGCGGCCCGCAGCCCGGCGACAACAAGUGGGUAGUCACCUCGUUCCACAAUGUGGAGUUCGAGGAGGAGGACCUCCUGAGCUGUCUCGACGACGAGGACAACGUGGUUGGCACGGGCGCGUCGGGCAAGGUGUACAGAGCCGUCCUCGGGAACGAGGAUGUCGUGGCCGUCAAGAAGCUGCGGGCCGUCGGCGGCGCCGCCGCGGCGAGGAAACACAAGGACGGCAUGAAGGACAGCUUAGAGGCGGAGGUGGCGACGCUGGGCAGGAUCCGGCACAAGAACAUCGUGAAGCUGUGGUGCUGCCUCCGCAGCGGUGACCGCGGGCUGCUGGUCUACGAGUACAUGCCCAACGGCAGCCUGGGCGACCUCCUCCACGGCGGCAAAGGAGGCCUGCUGGACUGGCCGAUGCGGCGCAGGAUCAUGGUCGACGCCGCGGAGGGGCUCUCCUACCUCCACCAUGACUGCGCGCCGCCGAUCGUGCACCGGGACGUCAAGUCCAACAACAUCCUGCUGGACGCCGAGUUCGGCGCCAAGGUCGCCGACUUCGGCGUCGCCCGGGUCAUCGACGACAACCGCGGCGGCCCCAACGCCGUGUCAGCCAUCGCCGGCUCCUGCGGCUACAUCGCUCCCGAGUACUCGUACACGCUGCGCGUCACGGAGAAGAGCGACGUGUACAGCUUCGGCGUGGUGAUGCUGGAGCUGGUGACCGGCAAGAGGGCCGUGGGGCCGGAGCUCGGCGACAAGGACCUGGUGAGGUGGGUGCGCGGCGGCAUCGAGCGCGAGGGGCUGGACUCGGUGCUGGACCCGAGGCUCGCCGGCGAGUCCUGCAGCUGCAGGGACGAGAUGCGCAGGGUGCUCGGCGUGGCGCUGCUCUGCGCCUCCAGCCUCCCGAUCAACCGGCCGUCGAUGAGGUCCGUCGUGAAGCUGCUCCUCGAGGUCAGAAGCAAGCCCGCCGUGGUGGUGGAGGAGAAGGAACCUCUCGACGUGUGAUCCAUGCAUGGCCAUGUCUCAUAAAGCAGGAUAAUAAUACUUUGAUAGUGGCUCACUUGGUUAGCAUCACCACACUUACUUACAAUGCAGAAUACAUAGGUGUGAAAUCUUGAUGCAGCUUAACUAGCCAGCAGGGGACUCCAUUAGCGAGGUUGAUCUAGGGCUAUAAAAACUCCUUUGUACUUGAGUAUUUUUCUCUUGUUGUUGCUGUUGUAUGGCACAUAUACAUAGAUCCGUAUCUAUGGCAGGCUUGGAUAAGAAUAUGUUCCUACGGAUA